AUGGAUUUCUACGUAGUGCUGGGACGUCCUGGUUUCAGUGUUGCUGAACGGAAAAGGAAGCAAUCCAGAAUUGGCUACAAGCAUCUGAUAUCAAAGGAUGAAUCCAUGAAGUGGUUCCAACAGAAGGUAACGCCUGGACACCCUUAUACUUUAACGUCACUAUGCAUAUUCUUCCCUCUUUUCUCUACACAUUGCCUUUGGUAUUGAAAGGAGAAUUUGUCAAACAAUCAAGUGUCUCAUUAAUUUGUGAUCAUUUCCUUUAUUGUCAUGAUUUUAUGUUUGAUACAGAGGUGAUACUGUCCAGAGAAAUUAGACAUCAGUCACUCUAAGGGGAGGUAGGCCCCUAUUAAAACCGGCUUAAAGCUGAACUGGGCCAGCCUGCUUUACCCUUUAACUUUGGGGAGCUGAGCCAAAUUGGCAAUAGUUGGAAAAUACUCAUACAGCUGUGACUCUUAUUAUUACUGCUUUUCAGUGGCUGACUUUCCAAAUGUGGUUUACUCUCUUUUGAUAACAGACUGAUACAGAUUUUUAUAACUAGCAGCACUCUUCAAAUGACUUCUUCACUGCAUUAAUACAUCCAAAGAACUGGACAAAAUGAACAGACUAAAAAUAAUCAAGACUCGAAUCUUACAGUAAAUGACCUCACAGCAAAACUAAUCGAUCAGUUUUUGCAAUCACAAUGUGUAAUGUUUGACUGAUAAACAACUUCACCUUGUCUCUGAUGAGCUAUUGAUUAUUCUAAUUCACACAGUCAAAACUUAAGUGACUAUCAAAGAUUUCAGUCCUUUUCAGGACUUCCCCUCCCCUGGACAAUUUACAAGAUCAUUUGUUACCACCAUCCCUCCCCUCUCUCGCCAGCUCUACACAGCUUAUUUUGUUAUACUUCUAUGUUAAUAUUGGUUUGGUUUGUUUUGUUUUUUUAGUAUGACGGUAUAUUGUUGCCAUCAAAGAAGAAGAAGUGAUGUAGUGGUUUCCUUUUUUUUGUGAAUUCUUUGCCUUCAAAUCUGCCCAAUUAAAUGCUGGAUGAAUUAUGUCUGUUGUUUUGAUUUUUAUAGAACUUGAUAAGUUGAUGUUCUCAAAGACAAAAGUAUAAUUGUAUGCCAACAUACUCAAUCAUGUUAGGUAUUGAUAGAAUUGUGAAUUAUGUUUCAUUCAAUCUUAAGAUCAAGAGUUGGUGUAUCCAAGGGUUUGCAUUCAUCAAGACAUUAAGCAUACAGGAAGUUUGAGGAGCACAAAAGAUUCUUAAGAGGUGCUCAAGAUAUCACUAAAAGAAGCCUCUUCAGCACUCAUCAAACUCCUGAAGGACUUCACAUCUGGAUGAAAAAACAGUUGACACAUAAACCUAUUUUUUAAAACAUUUUCACAAGAGGAAGUUAAAAUUUUAUUUGAAAGAAAAAUUAAUCUGCUUUGCUCCAGUGCUUACAACUCAUCAACAUGCACGGUGGAAUAUGAAACAUAUUUACAGAAUUGAAUUUGAUAGCACAAAUUUACUAGCUAUGGGAUGAAAGGUGCCAACAAUACACACAUUUUAGAAGACAGAACAUAUUAUUUUUAUGUCAGAGUGAAUAUCAUGCCUGAACAGUUGCUUGAAAAGUUCAAAUGACAGAUGUUUCCACUCAGUAUUCAAUUCAUAUCAAUACCCUAGCUUUUCAACCAAUGUUUUAGAGAAAGGAAUACUUCAAUUUGGAUUUGCAAUUAAAAUCUUAAAAUUCACAACACCAACUAAACAAACAAAGACGUCCAAAUAAAAGUUUGGACGGUUUAUCUUUACAGACAAACUCCAUUAUCAUACACUAGACUUACAAUGAAAACUCUGAUAAGGUGAGAGCAUUCAGUCAAUAUACAAUGGAGUGAAUGAAGUUGACAUAAUAACCCAUUAUAAUAACCCAAUAUCUGCUACAGAUAUCGAGUUCAAAGGCUGCCAAGUUUCCAAACCCCUCGCUCGUGUAGCGCUUUUCUCAAACUUUUGCAAACUCUAAGAGAGUGUCUUCUUUUGCAGAUUGUUUAAAAAAUGUAUUAUUAGAACAAUUAUUAAAUUGGGUCUUCGCAUGAUAUCAAGAAGCAUCAAACCUCGCGACUGUGUUAUCUCCCUCAGCCUUCAGCCUCGGCAGGUAACGACGACCACGGCAUUAAUUAUUCAUGAAAUUCUCAGCCUCCACUAGUAGUUAGCAAUAGACGGCUUUUCAUCGAGGAAGCCCUCAUUUAAGAUCACCGUUUGCCAAAAUAUUUCCUCAUCGGUGUGGCUCAGGGAAGCUGAUUCAAGCCCUACGAAUAAAGGUAAUAACUUUCUAAAGGAACUCUAGUGCUGCGUCGGUGAGGGGUAGAACAAGAUAAUUUAGUUUUUUCCACUAAGUUGAUAAAGUAAAUUUGCCACCAUAAAAAGUUUCUACAGCUGACGUUAGAGCUUCGUCAGAGCGAAUGAUAGAACCAAAUUAUCUGAUUUAGCCGGGCCAGGCCAGUUGUAUCUCAUCCAGAUAUGUUUAUAGAGAAGUCUGACCAAAGCAACAGCGUAAUUCCGAGACUGAUAUCCAUAUCAUGAUUACAUUCUUGGCGAUCGGCGUCGUUUCUCUCCAACCAUAAUCAACAUAAACCACCGCUCGAAUUAUCAAAGUUGCCAGGCUAACGAGAAUCAACACGAUAAGUCGAUAAACCUUCGCUCCGUUCUCGCUUCCGGGUGAGUGAUGCGCUAGUUCUAGAAACUCCCACGCUGCAAGCAACAGACAUCCAAAAGCAAGGGUAAUCAUGCCCACUCCAAGUCCUGUAGGUGUCCCAUUGCCAUAACCGUUCAAAACAUUGUCUAUCAUAUCGAUGGCUUCGAAUAUUUGUGCAGACAUUGUAGCAAACAACCAUCCAGAUUCUCCGUGAAAUUCGGUGCCUCCUUCGCCAGCAGUGUUCAAAAAGAGCAGCAAAAUAAAUGGUGUGAUAUAAAGAACUUUGACAAAAACCUUUGGCCCAUAUAGGUUAUCUUGCUCUGUGUGUACGACUAGUUGAUACAUAGGAAGUAAUAAGAUAGUGUUAAAUAUCAACACACCAGUAUACCCAAACCAACUGUAGGAGUAAAGAUGCCGUUUCCCAAUCAACCACGUAAGGAAAAAUGACGCACACCCGAGCAAGCUCAACAUAAAGUACAGCAAGGGGACCAAGAUACUUGCGGGAAUCAAAUGACUUGAUAAAAUAGAAAAGAGUAUGUUGGAAGAGCAAAAGAAAGACAACUGUGUAGGCAGAAGGAGACAAAGCACCCCGCGGCCUAAAAGUAUCAUUUCAAAUGAAAGCGCCAUUCUCGUUUUAAGUCUAUGAACUGAGGGUCUGGAGCUGGGAACCCAAGGUAGGUGAGGUAACCACCCCUAAGUGGUGUAACCCGCCUGUCCAUAUAAUCUCUAAUUUUAUCUUGAUCACGCUCAUAUGAUAAAUGGGGUGACCCCCCUAUGUGGAUUGCCCGGUCUGCUUGGUAGGGUAACCAUGUCAGCCGGGGUGGCAAUCUGCCAUGUAAACGUCUCAAGGUGGGGUAACCCGCCAAGCCGGGGUGGCUUUCAGGUUACAAAAAGAUCAAAUGAGCAAAUGAUCAUAAAGGCAUCAAGCUUUUUGCGAAAAUCUUAAAGAAAAAUAAAUUACGUUUUUUCGGCAACGUUUUACCACACGUCGCCGUAGUGAAAUCUUAACCUUUUAAUUGCAAGUGCGACAACGACCUAGAAUUACAAUUUUUUUUUGUAAUGUAUUUACCUUCAAACCUGCCCAAUUAAAUGCUGGAUGAAUUAUGUCUGUUGUUUUGAUUUUUAUGUAACUUUAUUAGUCGAUGUUCUCAAAGACAAAAGUAUAAGUGUACACCAAUGCACUCAAUCAUGUUAGGCAUUGAUAAAAUUGUGAAUUUUGUUUCAUUUAAUACUAACAAUUACUGUAGAGUUUGUGUAAUACUUAUAAUCGAGAGUAGGUGUUUGCAAUCAUCAAGAUAUUAAGCACACAGGAAGUUUGAAGAGUACAAAAGAUUCAUAAGAGGUGCUCAAAGACAUAACUAGUAGCAAUAGAAGCCACUCUAGUACUCAUCAAACUCCUGAAGGGCUUCACAUCAGGACGAAAAACAGCUGACACAUAAACCUACUUUUUACAACAUUUUUAAAGUGAAAGUUAAAAUUUUAUAUGAAAGGAAAAUUCAUCUGCUAUGCUCCAGUGCUUACAACUCAUCAACAUGCACAGUGGAAAUUUGAAGCAUAAUUACAGCAUUGAAUUUGAUAGCACGAAUUUACUAGCUAUGGGAUGAAUGGUACUGACAAUGCUCACAUUUUAGAAGACAGAACAUAUUAGGUUCUUAUUUUUAUGUCAGAGUGAAUAUCAUGCUUGAACAGUUGCUCGACUGAAAAGUUCAAUGACAGAUGUUUCCACUCAGCAUUCAUUUCAUAUCAAUACCCUAGCUUUUCAACCAAUAUUUUAGAAAGAGGAAUACUUUGACUUGGAUUUGCUAUUUAAAUCUUAAAAUUUACAACACCAAAUAAACAAACAAAAACUUAAAAAUAGAAACUUUGGACGGUUUAUCUUUACAGACAAACUCCAUUAUUAUACAUUAGACUUAUUAUGAAAACUCUGAUUAGGCGAGAGCAUUCAGUCAAUAUACAAUGGUGUGUGAAGUUGACAUGAUAAAUCAAUAUCUGUAGCAGAUAGUGGGUUAUCAUAUCAGCGAGUUCAAAGGCUCCAAGUUUCUAAGCCCCUCGCUCGUGGAGUGUUCUCAAACUUUUGCAAACUCUGAGAGAAAUGUCUUCUUUUACACAUUGUUUAAAAAAAGUAUGAUGAAAGCAAUAAUUGAAUUAGGUUUUCGUAUGAUAUCAAGAAGUAUCAAACGUAGCAACCGUGUUAUCUGCCUCAGCCCUAGGCUUCGGUUUCGGCAAAUAACACCAACCUCGGCACUGAUUAUUCAUGAAAUACUCAGCUUCAACCAGUAAUUACUUAUUGUGAGUUGGUAAUGGACAGCUUUUGAUCAAGGAAGCCCUCAUUUAAGAUCACCGUUUUGC